AUGUGGCGAGCUACAGCGCGCUGUUGCGAGUGGUGGUUCGAAGACGUGGGAUCCUCUUUCCUUUCGCAGGGGUCACUGGAGCGAAUUUCACUGGAAGUGCUGCGGAACGGAUCCCUCGAAGGUUACGCAGACACGCUGAGAGCACUCCACCUCAACUCGCUGCUGAAAUUGUGCUAUAUCGAACCAGGAGUCUUUGACAACUUGCAGGAGCUGCGGGAAAUCUCUAUACAGAAGUCCAUAUUGCUCCAAUCAGUUCCACCGGGAGUCUUAAGGGGUCUUCCUAAACUGAGCGUAUUGCGCAUCACACACUCUGGACUACGGGAAGUUCCGUACAUGCACGACUUGAACCCCUCCACGUACAUCGGAAUGCUAGACUUCGACAGCAACCGUAUCGCUGAGCUUACAGCCUAUUCCAUCAAGGUCAAGGCAGGAACACUGAUCCUCAAUCACAACACCAUUGCGGCCAUACGUGCAGCGGCAUUUGACGGCUCCAAGAUUGCUGAACUGAGACUGCGCGGAAAUCGAGAGUUGGCGGUGGUUGAAGACGAUGCCUUCUACGGACUCUCAAACCUCAGUCAUCUAGACCUUUCCGAGACGAGCCUCACGAAACUACCCACCCGUGGACUGGAGUCCCUAGAAGUGCUCGAGCUCCGCGACGCGCCGGCACUGCGCGAGUUCCCCUCUGUCUACCACUUCCGGUUUAUAAGGGUGGCUCACCUCACCUACCCUUACCACUGCUGUGCCUUCCAGUUCCCGGAAACCCACGACCCGGAGGAGCAUAGCAGGCGGGUACACUAUCCUCGUCGAAGAACGCCCGCUUCCGGUCGUUCGGCUGAGCUAAGCCGAGUGGAAGAGACCUUGCCAAUUUUCUGUUUCGCUACACCAAGAAACGUUUUCUGCCGCUGUUCGUGCAAUGAUGACACUGGUUACACGCACGCGUGUUCCUCCUUUCCCACAAGAGCCCUAGUUUCCCUUUAUUACGUGCUAAACUUUCUUCUGUAUUUGUUUAGAUACUCAACUAUUGCAAGAAGCAAUGCAUUCUUCCUUACUAGUCACUUAUAUAACCAAGUGAAGAAGAAUAGCCGCCAAGGGUUCCAGAAGCACUGCAACUCGGAUGACGAGGCGUCGAUGAACCGACACCAGAAGCGGCCACCUGCGGUCGGCGAGGAGCACGACUUCCAACUACUGGAGCGCUUCUUUGUGGUCCAGCUGAGCACCAAGCAGACCACAACGCCGCCGUCCAGAAGGUUCGUUCGCCAUGUGUUCAGCGAAUUCGGCACAAUACAUGUAUCUGCCGAGUGCACUACAGCCACUGUGUGCCAUCAGCUAGUGCAGUGUUGUACCGACGUGAUACCAACACCGGCGUUUUGUGCAUCGCAGGUGACGUGCGGCAAGCUAGCCAGCCGGCGGGUGCAGUGUCUUCCGGCGCCGGACGCGUUCAACCCGUGCGAGGACGUUAUGGGCACCAUGGUGCUGCGCGUAGCCGUAUGGUUCGUGGUUGUAGCCGCGGUGUUCGGAAACCUGGCCGUGCUUCUGGUGCUGCUCAGCGGUCGUCUGACUGUGUCCAAGUUCCUGAUGUGCAACCUGGCCUUCGCCGACCUCUGCAUGGGCGCCUACCUGCUGGUCAUCGCCUCUGAAGACCUGCACACGCGCGGCCGGUACUUCAGCCACGCCAUCCUGUGGCAACACGGUGCCGGCUGCAAAGUGGCGGGAUUCCUGACUGUGUUCGCGUCCGAGCUUUCAAUCUACACGCUCACAGUGAUCACCCUCGAGCGCUGGUACGCCAUCACGUACGCCGUGCAUCUGAACAGGAGGCUACGACUGCGCACCGCCGCGCGUAUCAUGGCGUGCGGCUGGGUCUACGCGCUGCUGGCGGCCUCCCUGCCACUCCUCGGCAUCAGCAGCUACAGCAAGACGUCCAUAUGUCUGCCCAUGGAGAACAGCACGGUUGCUGACCUGCUCUACCUUCUCACCCUGCUGUCGAUGAACGGCCUCGCCUUCCUGCUCAUAUGCGCCUGCUACGCCAAGAUGUACUUGGCCAUAUCGGGUCAGCGACCACGUUCCCACUGCGGCAACAAGGACACGUCAGUGGCCAAGCGCAUGGCCAUGCUCGUAUUCACUGAUUUCGCCUGCUGGGCGCCCAUCGCUUUUUUCGGACUAACCGCAGUGGCCGGCUACCCGCUCAUCGAUGUGCCAAAGUCCAAGAUCCUGCUUGUCUUCUUCUACCCCCUCAACUCGUGCGCCAACCCGUUCCUCUACGCCAUCCUGACCAAGCAGUACCGGCGCGACCUGUCGGCGCUGCUGUCCACGCGGGGCGUUUGCACGCGCCGCAUGCUCAAGUACACCUCGUCCUGGCAUACGACGCCCACCAAUCGCCUGCUGCGCAACAAGGACAACAGCAGCACGUCGCGCCAGACCACCGAGCUGUCGAACCGCACACAGAAGGGCUCACCGCACCCAAUCAAGAACAACUUCACCAAGCUGGGCCUGCACGAGGAGUUCCUGCGACGCCAGAGCCUGCUGUGCGAGCACCUCGAUACUCCCAUUUGACUCCGAGCGACAGCAGCUCCCGCCCACUCAUCACGCCGCCGCCACCGGGCCACGGACCACCGGCCAGAACUUCUCGGCAAGGUGCCGUCUUGUUUCACGGUGGACUCGUUCUUCGAGGCGCCGAGUGCCGACAGCGAAAGUACGGGA